CUCUUGGUGAAAAACACAAAUAUUUUCUCUCAAAUGUGAUUAUCUGGGCGUGAAAAGGCGUGAGUCGUGAUUGAAUGUGAAAAUCGGCUGGGGCAGUGACUGCGGCAGCACAAUGGACAACAAUCACGAGUCCUUCUGGCGGCACAAUAGCCGUGCUGUGCCCGGGAAAACCGUGGCUGCCACUGUGAAGAGCAAGUCCCAGCAGAUGGGAUCCACGUCAUUUCAGGACUUUCAGGAGUCUGUGCGGGACGCCUGGGAGCUCGGCGACGACGAGUUCUGCAUUAUGUCAGGCAUUGGGGAUGGGAGGGCGAGCAAGCGCAGCGCCGGGCCGUCCGCCGCUCUCACCGUCAAGACUCACCGUAGCAAUUUGGGCAGAGCCCCCGAUGUCAAGCCGGCCGUCCAGGCGCCCCCGCAGAACCACACGCAGGAGAGCAACAAUGUGCCUGACGACCUGAUAAACGAGCUCAGUCUGGUGGACGACGCCAUCAGCCGGGAGCGCGCAAGUUCCGAGCCAAGGAAGCGUUAUCGCCAGUUUCACACAUAUCCAGGACGUCCUCAGCUCCUCAAACUGUCUUCGAGUUGCCUAUCCAAGGAUGAGAACAAUGAGUCCAAGCUAGAGAAAUUCACGGUGCUGCUAGAGGAACCGUUGCUCAACUUAAUCGCUCUGAAACAGCUCAGCUGGUCGGGCAUCCCGAAGAAGAUGCGUCCUGUGACGUGGCGUCUCCUCUCCGGAUACUUACCCACAAGUCUCGAGCGUCGCAAUUCUGUGCUGGAGCGCAAGAGGCUCGACUAUCAUAAACUCGUAUCUCAGUAUUUCCCCGUCGACAGUCGAGACGAGGCUCAGCAGGACACUUAUCAUCAAAUUCAUAUCGAUGUGCCGCGAAUGAAUCCACACGUGCCACUCUUUCAGCAGCAUCUCGUGCAGGAAAUGUUCGAGAGGAUUCUCUUCAUUUGGGCCAUCAGACACCCGGCCUCGGGAUACGUUCAGGGGAUUAAUGAUCUCGUGACGCCCUUCUUCAUCAUCUUCCUGCAAGAAACUCUUGAUUCGAAAGUUGAGCUUGAGACCUUCAAAUUGGAGGAUUUGUCGGAGGAGCAGCGAAACAUCAUUGAGGCGGACUCUUUCUGGUGUCUCUCGAAGUUCCUCGACUGCAUUCAGGACAACUACAUUUUCGCCCAGCUCGGUAUUCAGGCGAAGGUGAACCAUCUGAAGGAGCUGAUUCAGCGCAUUGAUGGGAAUCUGCACAAGCAUCUCGUGCAACACGGCGUGGAUUAUCUGCAGUUCUCUUUCCGCUGGAUGAACAAUCUCCUGACACGAGAGCUGCCGCUCCACUGCACCAUUCGUCUGUGGGACACGUACUUGGCCGAGUCGGAUGGCUUCGCCGUGUUCCAGCUGUACGUCUGUGCGGCGUUCCUCCUGCACUGGCGGGAGCAGUUGCUGCAGGAGAAGGAUUUCCAGGGCCUCAUGCUGAUGCUGCAGAAUUUACCCACUCACAACUGGAUGGAUUCCCACAUCAGCAUCCUCGUGGCGGAGGCUUUUCGACUGAAGUUCACUUAUGCAGACGCUCCGAAGCACUUCGAGGGCAAGAGUUGACAACCGCUAGGCACGAGCAAAUUCAUUGGCUGAUUUGAUCCUUCUCCACAAAUCCCUCUGUCCACCAAGCGGAUGAAACUGGCCAAAGGGAUGCGGUGAACGAGUUUAUAAGCGAACUUCUAUGGGACGAGAGAAUGCAUAACAAGUUUAAAUUGAUAAUUCCUGAUAGUUGAACUCUUUUGAGAGGUAGCGGACCCCGGAAACGGAUGCGAUUUUGAUGUGUGAGAUGCAUAUUGCAAAUUGUAUGUAAUUUUAAGGAAAAAAUUUGGAACACGGACAAUCCUGGAGGAUUGGUUUUUAUUAGAUCUCGCCCAGGACUGCCGAUCAACUACUUUGAAAAUAUCGAUUGAACUGGAAUAUUAGAACUUUUUAAAUUUAUAAUAAGUAAUAAAUAUGGCUAAAUAUAUGACUUCAAUGUCACGGAAAUAUG